CGAGGUAAUCGGGGUGAACACCAUGAAGGUGACAUCAGGCAUCUCCUUUGCCAUCCCCUCCGACCGCCUGCGGAAGUUUCUGCAAAAGGAGGAAGAGCGCAAGAGCUCUUGGUUUGGCAAUGCAGAGACGAAGCGCCGGUACAUCGGGGUGAUGAUGCUGACCCUCACUCCAAGCAUCCUGGCAGAGCUGAAGCUGCGUGACCCCACCUUUCCCGACGUUUCCUAUGGUGUGCUGAUCCACAAGGUGAUCAUCGGCUCCCCAGCCCAUCAGGCAGGGCUCAAGGCUGGUGACGUGGUGCUGGAGAUCAACGGGCAGGCGUCGCGGCGUGCCGAGGACGUAUAUGAGGCGGUGCGGACACAGCAGAGCUUGGCCAUGCUGGUGCGGCGCGGCUACGACACUCUGCUGGUCAGCGUUGUCCCCGAGGUGACGGAGUAGCAGUGCCCACCCGGAGCUGAGGGCAGGACUGAGUGGUGUCUGUGCUGGCCAGGCAGGGACUGAGAGCUCGUACAGGGCUGGAAGGGGCCAGGAGAGGGGCCUGGCCCAGUGCUUGGACAGCUCAUGGUGCAGCCAUUCCCCUCUGUACUCAAAUAAAGCACUUUUCUAG